AGACCUCGAGGUCAGUAGGCAGGGGCGGGGAAGCCGCAGCCGCGCCCUCCUGGCCACUCCCCGGCCGGCGGUGGGUGGCGCGCACUCGCUUAUGUCCUCCGCGCCACCACGAUCACCCACCCCGCGGGCUCCCAAGAUGAAGAAGGAUGAGUCUUUCCUGGGCAAGUUGGGUGGCACGCUGGCGAGGAAGAAGAAGACCAGGGAGGUGACUGACUUACAAGAAGAAGGCAAGAGCGCCAUCAAUUCCCCAAUGGCCCCGGCUUUGGUGGACAUCCACCCUGAAGACACCCAGCUAGAGGAGAAUGAGGAGCGGACCAUGAUUGAUCCCACCUCCAGAGAGGACCCCAAGUUCAAGGAGCUGAUCAAGGUGCUCCUGGACUGGAUCAAUGACGUGCUGGCAGAGGAGCGCAUCAUUGUGAAGCAGCUGGAAGAAGACCUCUACGAUGGCCAGGUGCUUCAGAAGCUGCUGGAAAAGCUGGGACACUGCAAGCUGAAUGUGGCUGAGGUGACACAGUCUGAAAUCGGGCAAAAGCAGAAGUUGCAGACUGUCCUCGAAUCUGUGCAAGACCUACUUCGGCCCCACGGCUGGCCACUGCGUUGGAAUGUGGACUCUAUCCAUGGGAAAAACCUGGUGGCCAUUCUUCACCUCCUCGUCUCCCUGGCUAUGCACUUCAGGGCCCCCAUCCACCUUCCGGAGCAUGUCACUGUGCAGGUGGUGGUUGUCCGGAAGCGGGAAGGCCUGCUGCAUUCCAGUCACAUCUCAGAGGAACUGACCACGACCACAGAGAUGAUGAUGGGCCGCUUUGAGCGGGAUGCCUUCGACACGCUUUUCGAUCACGCACCAGACAAACUCAACCUUGUGAAGAAGUCUCUCAUCACAUUUGUGAACAAACACCUGAAUAAGCUGAACUUGGAGGUGACUGACCUGGAGACCCAGUUUGCAGAUGGUGUGUACCUGGUUCUGCUUCUGGGCCUCCUUGAAGACUACUUCGUCCCCCUCCACAACUUCUAUCUGACACCUGACAGCUUCGACCAGAAGGUGCACAAUGUGGCCUUUGCCUUUGAGCUGAUGCUUGAUGGAGGACUCAAGAAGCCCAAGGCACGCCCUGAAGAUGUGGUAAACUUGGACCUCAAAUCUACUUUGCGGGUCCUUUACACUCUGUUCACCAAGUACAAGGACGUGGAGUGACAGAGCAGCUGAUCCUUCUGGGACAAAUUCUAGGCAAGAAAAAUCUGUGUAUCUGUCCACGGUCCCUGCCUUCCCAGGAGACACUUCCUCCAGGGAGGCCUCAGGCUUCCCAUCCCAGCUGUGCAACGCCCCUCCUCUCCGCUCCCUGUCUUGUGUGGUUGUUUUAAGCCUGUUUGCUCUGUGGCUCCUUGGCCAGCCAGUUAGGCCUUUGAGAACUUGGUGCUUUAAACACCCUCUCCGGUUUGAGGCCUCACCUCCUCUGUUUCUUCGCUGCUAUCAAGAGAUGAAAAAGAACGGACCCCUAGCUUAGCCCUCAGCUGGAGAGGGCUGUCCACCUGAACUCCAACCCACGAGCAAUUACUGAUGGCAGGAGCGCGGCAGCCCCUGCUUCAGGGACUCAGGAAUCCCCUGGGUUGGGCUCUCCCUGGAAGCAGGCUCUUGUCUUAGUAAAAAGAUCCUUGCCGUUUUUCAUUCCUGUCUCAGGCUUAGACUUGUGAUGUGUGUCCCUGCCCCACCCCCAUCCAUCUUGUGGUUUACUGGACUUGACUGACCUUUUACAUAAACUCUCAGGACCCAGAAUGCCUCAGGCCCCCAGAGAAGAUUCACAGGGCCUGUCUGGGUCUCUUGCUGGCUCUGAAUGUGCCGCUUGAGACGGCUUGGAGCCAGAACCUUGCGUCUCUGAGGCCCUGUUGGGGAAUGGACACAGUUUUAGAGAUUUUACAAGGGUGUGACCACAGGCUACAGGCAGCCAGAAUGACAGAGGCGUGCAUCUGGCGGCUCUGGAGGCUGGAAGUGCUUGCAGGGCUGGAUUCUGAGGUUUCUUUUUCACUGCUUCUCUCUGCCUUACACCAUCCCUUUUCCUGUAUUAGUCUCCUCUUCCUUCUGAUGUGGAACCCAUCCCCUGUAUGACCUCACUGACCCCAUGACAGCUGCAAGGUCUCCCUCCAACAUGCUGGGAGUAGGUCUGUGGGGCAUGCUCAGCUGGUUGUGGGGGCAUAUGAAGUGUCCACAUCCUUCCUAGAACGCUGCUGGCACCCCCUGCAGCAUGUCCUAUAACAGAAAAUGCUGCUGUUCACACAAGCCAUUCACCACUCAUUCUCCUUGAGUCUAGAGAGUCGUGGUGAUGCCAUCACUGGCAUCCUGCUUCUCUGGUUCACCCCCUCUCAUUUUCCUCCUACUUCCUCCUGCCACCCUCUUCCUUAAGCCUUGAGCACCCACGGCAGCUACAGUGAGCCUCUCUCUUCCGAUCCCCACUUUGUCGUGGACUAGGGCUGUGAAGUGAGGUUUUGAUACCGAGUAGAAUGCCAGCAGCGAAGUUCCAGCAAACAGUUUAAUAUCCUCCCUUGGUUCCGCUGUUGCUAAGCUGGGGAUGGGCUUGGAAUAGUUUGCUCCAAUGGAGGUGGCUUCCCAGCAGGGGAAAGAGAUAAUUAAAACGGCAUUACCGUGUCUCCCCGUGGGAUGCAGUGACAUUAAAGAGCCACACUGACAAAAUAGCCAGGACUGGAACGUUCUGUGCAGCUUUCCCUACAUGCACACAGCCACAGCUGCUGGGUCCUCCUUGCUCUGCUCACAGGUGGUCUUGGCAAGGGUGUCUCAUCCCCGGGGCAGGGAGCCUUGAUACAAAGGGUGUGCAGAGACCUAUGGUGCUGAGGGGAAAAAGGGUUGGUCUGGGAAAGGCAGUGGUUUCCUGCACAUCCCUAUCUGGAGGACACAAACCGCACUUGGAAUCCAAGCCGACUCCUUUGCCCAAAGCAGGACUUGUGAAGCCAGGGUUCCUUGAAGGCAUGACCUUUGCUGUUGGCUGAGCAUGGAAGUGUGGUUUUGAAAUGCCAGUGAAAGUCUACCUAAUGUGGAGUUAGCCCUCACACCACAGCCUGGACAGAGGCAUAGAGAACUCCUAGGUCAACUACAGGGCCACCUGUGUAAGCCAUCUGGUGCCCCAUUAAUUUAGGGGGAGCUGUCUCCCUCCAUGCCCUCAGGUAACCAGUGACUCCUCUGCCAACUUUCCCAUGGCUCUUUCUUUGAGUUCAAGGAAGUUCUGGAACCUUCUACUGUUUGGAUCUACAUUCUCUCCUGAUAUUUAAUUUGAAGAGAAGUCUGGCCACCAAAACUGGUAGAAAUGCCAUCAUCUUUCAUCCCACCCACAUAGUCACAAGGAAGCAUCAGGCAGGUCUGUACCCCCCUCUCCUCCAGGUAUGUGGACCAGGUCUGGGGUUACUCCCCUUUGUCCUGCACCAACUGGCAUGUCUCCUCCAGCCCUGAUGACCUGGCAGGCAGCUCUUGUUCCUCUUUUGCAUCCAGUCAUGCAAGCCCUGAGCCCAGGGCCCCUGUAUCCUCAUUGGCCUGACAAAACGGGAUCUUGUUUUCAAACAGCCAAAUCAGUUCCCCCUCUGUGCUGUAGCGCUUUAUUGUCUUUUUAAUUGUUUGAAGCAAAGUGUCCUUUGGAUUUCUGGAUAUUAAAUAAAAACCACUAAACCCCC